ACACACACACACACACUCUCUCUCUCUCUCACAGACACUCACACUGACUUUCCGGGCAGCUGCAUAUCGGUGGUACCACGAGUGAAGAGGAGCCACCGGGGCUGCAGGAGGCAACAAACAGGGACAGCAUCCACCGUCUUCACUGGAAUGGACGCCGGAGGAGAGCACUGACUAUCUCGGAACCAUGCCAACUGUCCUCGUUGGCAAAGGGAAACUUUCCAUUGUCUGUUUUCUACUCAAAUGCGCGUAUUCUCAGGUAACAAGAAGCCAACACAACAGCUGUGCCAAACAAAUUCUAGAGGACAUGACUCAGUCCUGGCCGCCCCAGCAGGCCCAAAGAAUCCUCUACAACCCUAAGGAAGCAAAACUACCAACGACACAACAAAGGCAAAGUAGGGGGGAUGUUCAGCUGCAAAUGACCCGUCACCCUCAUGUUGCACCUCACAAAUCGAUGCUUGCUGAUGACCUGAAGCUGAGCAGUGAUGAUGAGGACACUCACAGGGCAACUCAUGAGUCAGCUUCCUGGGAUGGACACAGUCUGUCAGCACAGCGAGCGCACACACAUGGCAGGCGGGUGAGACAUUCCAGCUCGGACUCAUCAGGCUCAGAGUCUAGCGCCGAGUCAGCCAGCAGCAGUCUUCACUCCUGGAGCCCCGGCCGAAGCCCAGAAGUUCAACCGGGUCCCGCGUCGCCGGAAAGCGAUUGCAAGAAGAAGACUGAUCACCCGCCUGCUGCCCAGUGGCAGUUGGAUAAAUGGCUCAAGUCCCGUAAAAAAUCUGCCAGCAGUGAACAGGAUCCCUCCCAGAGCAUUCCAGGACGCCUUCCCUCCCCCUGCACCCAAAGAGCCCCAUCUCCAGCCAGAUCUUGGGAAAGCAAUCGGGACUACAGCCCAAGCCAAAGCCCUAUUCCCAGCCCCCAGUUCAAUUACAGCAACAACAACAGCCCCCUACCGAGUCCUGGCUACAGCUUCUGCCCUAGCCCUAGCCCAUUCCCAAGCACCUGUCCAAGUCCUAGCCCGAGCCCGAGGAACAGCCCGAUCAUUUCUCCGGUUCCAAGUGUUUGCCCCAGUCCAUGUGGAAGCCAGAGAGCCAGCCGCAGUCCUAGCCCUAUACAACGAGACCCCCCACGAAGCCCAAGUCCAAGUCUACCAGCUCCUUCCAAGGUCCGUCACUACCCUGAAGUUCAGAGUCAGAUCCAAACACAAUCAAGCCUAACAACCAAUUCAUACAACACAAAAAAUAGGUCAUGGGUUGCCCCAUUGACUAGCACCAACAAAGCCAAACCCUCAAAAAGUACUUAUCUUCAGCAAACUCAACAACACACAGCCAAUUCCAGAACCACACAGCAACAAGACCAGCACAAAAGCAAAUCAAAGGAUUCUGCAGCGUCUGACUCUAACCACAAAUCUAAACCCAAGCCUAACGUAAAUCCAAGUUCAAGACAGACCUCAGAGCAUCCAAAAGCCAAAAAAACAUCUAAUUUGGAGCAACUCCAGAGAAGUCGAUCCAACCACAAGUCUAGACCUUCAAUCCAAUCUAACACACAACAAAGUCCCACAAGAGCAAAGCACUUAGUUCCCACUAGUCGUGUAAUCAGCUCUGGUCAUAGCACUCACUCCCAAUCUACCUCUAAAGCUGCUACUAAUGCCAUCCCUAGGUUCAACUCUAUAUCAAACCCCAGCCUAAAUCCUAGGUCAAAGUCUUUGGAGGCUACUGUCCAAACUUUUGUGCAUGACAACCACACAAAAUAUCCACAGAAGAAACCCCAGUCCAAAGAGAAGGAGGUAGAACACAGAGGAAAUCAUCCAACACAAACAGAGGGGAGAAAACAAGAGAAAAAAGAGGACAGACAACGAGAAAAACAACAAGGGAAACAGGAGAGAAAGGAAGACAAGAGGCUGGCGGAGGAGCAGCUACUGAGACGACCCUGGAUCCAGAGUUCUGCUGAAGAAGAGGAGGAGGAAGAGGAGGAGGAGGUAGUGAUACGGAGGCAGAAGAAGACAGAGGAGACAGCGAGAGGGGAAAACAGGAGGAGGAGGGAGCAGCAAAAUAGAUGGCAGACGCCCCUUGUCAAACAGAGACUACCUUUAAGCACAGAACAACACGACCUCCGGGACAACUCACACAACCAGGGGAGGACCAAAAAGGGAGGGAGAAGUGAAGAGCAGAGAAAAGUACAAGAAGAGCCGUCAACACCUCCAACAUGUUCCCCAACUCCUCAUAGAUCAUCCUCCUCGUCCUCUAACUCCUCCUCUUCAAGUUCAGAUUCAGAAUCUGAAUCUCAGGUUCCUAUCACCAAAGUACCAGCUGACUCUACCUCUCAUAAGAGACCGUCCAAGUCGGGGCACCAAGGCCCAGGCAGACCGGACAACAACAGGCCAAAGGAGGUGCAUCCAAGGGGACCCAUAUCAGGGAACCAAAGUGAGGGGAAUCAAAAACUCUACACCCUUGUCCCGUUUGGACGAGGUGACAAGACCACCUCCCAGCGAGGACUUAGAAAUCUGGUGGUGCAGAUAGACCUCUCUCUUCUCAAAAGGGUACCUGACAGCACAACUAGCUCGCCUGUUAGAAAAUCAUCAUCUUCCUCUACUGCUUCAUCAUCCAAGGACAAGCAGAAAGAGGCUAUGAAACACCUUUAUGUCCCUGAGACUGGGACAAAAGACAGCAAAAGGAAACGUAAGUUGGAGAAUGGUGUUCCAUGCAGAGAUAGCAAGAGAAGUAUUCCUUAUGCAAAUGACCACACGGAGUCUUCAUCUCACACAGCUGAGAAAGAGUUUGUGACUGAGACCACACACAAUGGGUAUUUGGAGGAGUACUUGGACAGCAAGAGGCCUCUGUCUCCGCUGUCUCCACUCUCCGACAGCCCAGAGUCUGCCAAGCCUACCUCUAAAACAAAGACAUCAGAACAGCAUCACACCUCCAAGAACCGAGACAAGAAUCGAGAUUCUGCUGUCAAGCCCAAACUGGAGACAGAAUUUGUAAAAGUGUCAAGGCAGCCCCAACCGCCAUCUGAGUCCUGGGUCACUGCAGGACGCAGAGGGGCCUUACCAAACCAUGAAACCCCACACCAUGCUGAGUACUACUUACAUGAAGCUAAAAGGAUGAAGCACCGUGCAGACGCGAUGGUGGACAAGCUGGGGAAGGCUGUGAAUUACAUUGAGGCUGCUCUUUCCUUUAUGGAAUGUGGAAAGGCGAUGGAGGAAGGGCCACUUGAGGCAAAGUCUCCUUAUACCAUGUACUCUGAGACUGUUGAGCUUAUUAGGUACGCAAUGAGGCUGAAGAGUCACUCUGGCCCUGGGGCAAGACAGGAAGACAAACAGCUGGCGGUUCUGUGUUUCCGAUGCCUUGCCCUCCUUUACUGGCAAAUGUUUCGUUUAAAGAAGGACCAUGCACUGAAAUACUCCAAAGUCCUGCUGGACUACUUUAAGAGUUCCCCCAAACUGCCUUCAUCACCACCAAAUUGGAUUGACUCUGGGAAGGGCACAGGAGGGCCCCCACUCUCCCCCAAUGCAAAACAACUCGGACGGGGUUCACACGGGGGAAGCAACUUCCCCUCUCAUAUAAGCAUUCCCCAGCGUAUCCACCAGAUGGCAGCAAAUCAUCUGAACAUUACCAACUGUGUCUUGUACAGCUAUGAGUACUGGGAAGUGGCAGACAACCUUGCAAAGGAGAAUAAGGAAUUCUUCAACUACUUGAACACAUUGUCUGGGCCAUUGACUCUUCACAGUAGCAUUGCUCAUGCAGUCCAAUACACAAGACAGGCUCUUCAGUGGAUCCGCAUCAGUGCCAAACUGAACUAACAAGGACAGGAUUUAAUCUAACUUGCCCACUGGAUCUACAGGCCUUAUUUGGAAAAGAUAAAACUCUGGAUCUCUGUGCAGCUGACAGGCUGGUCCUGAUACCAACUGGGCUGCCUAUGUGAAAUGGACUUGGAUAAAAAGGAGCUCAAGUCAUCUUAGGUUGGGUGCUCACCAUCCACAUGCACCUUCUUCCUUAUCAUAGGGUUAAUCUGUUGCGUGUGCUUUGGAUUCAAUUUAAUUUGCCAAACGUCCAAUAGUGACAAAAAACAAGACUUAUGUACCUUUGCGCAAUUUCAUGUGUGAAGGACUUUUAUACUUUAGGAUUAUUUUUUACCAGCAGACUGUUUCUCUUGGUCCACCGCUGGAGAGGACACAUCCAUCAUACCAAAAUCUCCUUAUAGGACAUUUUUCUGCAUUAUUUUCAGAAUAUGAUGACUCUUUUAUUUUCUAAAUAUUUCAUAAUUUCCAUUUAUGUGUUUUUUACUGUGCAAUAUUUGUUGGAUUAUUGUUUUUUUUUUUUAAAGAAAAAAAUAAUAACGUUGGUGAGUGUAGUCGCCAACAUUCAAGGCCUCUGUUUUUGCUAAAUCUAUUUUUGUCCCUGUUUGAGUGUGGGAUUCUUAAAUUGAGUAAAUAAUGAAGUUGAAGAUGUUCCUCAUGA